UUAUUUGUCGUUGACUCUUCUGCCAUACUCUACUGAAACUGCCGAUUAAAGUUUUUAAACCAAACAUUAUCAGUUACUGAAAAUUCCAAGGACACAAUGCUGGAUAUUGCGCAAGAACCAGUGCAGCAGUAUGGAAAUCGUAGCCACCAGGCGGAGUGCAUUCCCCUGGGCAGAUAUCCAGCAUACGGUUCCGACAUGGAACAGGAGGAUGAAGACAAGGGCCUGGGAUUCUGCAGCGCCAGCAUCCGGCGGGGAUUCAUCCGGAAGGUGUACCUAAUCCUGUUGGCACAACUGAUCACCUCCCUGGUCGUCAUAGUAACCCUUACGGUUGAUGAGCAGGUGCGUCUGAUAGUGGCAGACAGCACCUGGAUGUUUUGGGUGGCCAUCCUAAUAGUGGUCUGCUCUCUGGUCGCUCUGGGCUGCAAUGAGGAUCUGCGCCGUCAGACACCAGCCAACUUCAUCUUCCUAUCUGCCUUCACGGUAGCCGAAUCCUUUUUGCUGGGCGUGGUAGCCUGUCGAUAUGCGCCGAUGGAGAUUUUCAUGUCCGUGUUAAUCACGGCGUCAGUUUGCCUUGGACUCACUCUAUUUGCGCUACAGACGCGUUACGACUUUACCAUGAUGGGUGGCAUCCUGGUGAGCUGCUUGAUAAUACUGCUCCUCUUCGGCAUCGUGACCAUCUUCGUGGGCGGACAUAUGGUUACCACCAUCUAUGCCUCACUGAGCGCCCUGCUCUUUUCCGUUUACUUGGUUUACGAUACCCAAUUAAUGUUGGGAGGCAAGCAAAGGUACUCUAUAAGUCCCGAGGAGUACAUAUUCGCCGCCCUAAAUAUUUAUAUGGAUGUGAUGAACAUAUUCCUGGACAUCUUGCAAUUAAUCGGAGGAUCUGAUUAGUUCGAUGAAAUCCCAAAAAUACUCGUAUUAUUUUACCCCACCAAUUCGACGUCGAGCAUUAAUAAAUCCAAUUGUACAGCUUUAGUAAUAUAGUUAUCAGCUUACAAACAGCAUGGCAAAACCACAAAA